AUGGCGGAAAGUUGCAUACCCACUGAAAUUACAGACCUUCGAGGUUUUGAUGUUCCUAGCGGAAAAACCGACGUUGUUUUCAUCAUUGAAGGUCGCAAACUUUACCUCAACAAAGGUAUUUUGUCAUUUGCGUCGCCAGUUUUUGACAAAAUGUUUCAUGGAGAUUUUAAAGAAAAGUCACAAGAAGAAAUUUCUCUUCCGGGUAAAAAGUGUAAAGAUUUCAUUGAAUUUCUUUUGUGUAUAUACCCCAACACGAUGGAAGAGAUCAGUGGGGAUACAGCUGAAGUAGUUCUACCUCUAGCAGACGAGUACCAAGUGCAGCAGUUGAAGAACAAGUGUGAAACCUUUCUCAUAAAGCAAGGGUUGGAUGACUCGUGGCCGAUGCAUAUAUAUAUAAUUCGAAGUGGCGAGCGACUUGUCCAUUCUAUUGUUUUGGCUGAAAAGUACGGACUGGAUGACAUGUUAGAGAAAGCGUUUGCAUUAGCGGCCGACAGGAAAUUUUCAGAUUUGAAGAAUGAAGCUGAAUUUGUAACAGUGUCGGAGAAAACUAAGACAGAACUAAUGUUAAAGCGUAUCGAUCUUCUUGAGACAUCAGGAUUGGAGAUAAGCACCCAAACCAAGACAUUGCUGGAUGCCAUAUCAUCGAAUCCGAAUUGUGAGCAUGCAGUUUAUAGUCCGAAGCUUAGAGGAAAAAAAUGGUGCACCGCAGACAAAUGUAACCAGAGUCUUACAUCCAGCAGUUUUAUUUCUAAGCUUGAGGAACUAGGAAAGCAAAAAGAUUCGUUUAAUAAAAUUUUUCACUUGCUUGGAGUAAAACAAUAUGAUGGAAUAGCACAAAAACAAAUAUCAUUAUUUUAAAGGUUAAAAUACUGAAAGGUUCCCUGCUCAUUUGACAAAAACAUCCUACAUCAUUUAUCUUACAAAUAUAUGUGUAAACUCGGUGACUGACAGUGUUACAAAUAUUCCACAGUUUGUUUUUGAUAACUUCAUUAUAAUUAUAUUAUUAGUCUCCUAUCGGUCCAACCGGAGGGGACUAUAGGUUUCAUCUCCGUCCUGUCUGUCUAUCCGUCUGCCCCAUAUAAUUAUAGCGUUCUGGAAAUUUUGUGUAUAGCUUUAUCACGUUCUGUUACAGAUCAACUUUGACUUUCAUGGCAAUUUACCCAUUUUAUGGUCUUUGAAGUUAGAUGAUAUGAAAAUUUGUUUUCCGAACAUUUUUUUGUUGUUGCCAUUCCUGUCAGAGGAUAUUCAAAUGAAAUUUUGUAUAUAGUUUUAUCAUAAUAUACUGUUACAAAUCAAAUUUAACAUUCAUGGCGAUUUAUAAUUUUUUCUCAGUGUCGGUAGGGGACAUAUAUUGCUUUAGCACUA